UUUUUUCCCUUUGGACGACGCAAGUCGUAUUACACACUCAUCGUACUGUAGCGUGAAGGAAAAACUUUAAUUUCCGAUAUUAUUACACAAAUUCAGUUAAUAUGUCUCGAUUCUUUGCUACUGGUGGAUCCGACUCGGAAUCGGAGAGUGGAAGUGAUGAGGAGCCAGUUGUUCGUCAACAGCCCGCAGCUGUAUUUACGUUCAGCGAUGACGAAGAGGAAGUGAAGCGUGUGGUACGCUCAACGAAGGAGAAGCGCUACGAAGACCUUUCCAAUUUGAUCAAAGCAAUUCGAAACCACAAGAAAAUCAAAGACAUGGCCAGCAUCAUCACAAGUUUUGAGGAUUUGAAUCGUGCCUACCAGAAAGCGUUGCCAGUCAUUACCAAGGAGGAGAACGGUGUUACGCCUAGAUUUUACGUUCGUUGCCUUGCUGAAUUGGAGGAUUUCAUAACCGAAACGUGGGAGGACAAGAGGAAUUUGUCAAAGAACAAUUUGAAGUCAUUGGGAACGUUGCGGCAGAAGGUGCGAAAAUACAUCAAGGACUUCGAAACGGAUCUGGCGAAAUUUCGUGAGGCGCCCGACCAGGAGGACGAAGAGGAAGAGAAAUCCGAAGAAGAAGAAGAAAGUUCGGCCGAUGAAGAAGUGGCCGCCAAGGUGGUUCCAGUGAAGAAAGACGUGGAAAAAACGAAGAAACCGAAGCCGCAAAAUGAUGAUGACUCUGACGAUUCAAUUGAUUGGGGCAGCGACAGUGAUUCGGACAGCGAUUCGUCGGAAGAAGAAGCCGGAAUGGGAAACAUUCGAGAACGGUUCUUGAAGAAAGCUACCGACAAGGCGGACGACGGUGUCGAUAAAAGGCGAAUCAAGAAAGACAAGGUGCGUAAGAUUCGCGAAGAAAGCGAUGGUGAAGGUGACGGCGAAGGCGAAUGGAAUAUAGUCACAGCCGGCUCUGGAACGGUUGAGAAACCGAAAAUGUUUGCCAAGGAUGCCGAAAUUGACAUUGGCGUGGUGUUGAACAAACUCAACGAGAUCAUGGCAGCCAGAGGAAAGAAACGCACCGAUCGACGUCUCCAAAUCGAUUUGUUGUUUGAAUUGAAGCAAAUCGCCCAGCAGCACAAUUUGGGUGAUGCGGUUGCUGUCAAAAUCAGAUUCAACAUCAUUUCGGCCAUCUACGACUACAACCCGAAAGUGUCUGAGCCAAUGAAGUUGGAGUAUUGGACCAAGUUGUUGGACGUCAUCGUGGACAUGAUGACGAUACUUUUGAAUGCGAAGAACAUUACCCUGGCUCAAUCGGUCAUGGAGGAACAAGAAGAGUACGAAAAUGCACCGUUCUACAUCAGAGGUUGUGCCCUGAAUGCCGUCGAGAAAUUGGACGAUGAAUUCACGAAAUUGCUGAAGGAAUGCGAUCCCCACUCCAACGAUUAUGUCGACCGAUUGAAGGAUGAAGUCAAGGUAACGAGUAUCAUCGAACAAGUAGUGACGUAUAUCGAGCAGGUGGGCAGUGUAUCGGAAAUCUGUCGAGUUUAUUUGCGUAAAAUCGAUCAUCUGUACUACAAGUUCGAUCCGAAUGUGCUGAAGAAGAAGAACGGUGAGAUCACUGCUCGCACAUCACUCGACGAAAUGGAUAAACUGAGCCGAUACAUUUACACCAAGGACGAUACCGAUCGUAUUCGUACCCGGGCGAUUCUGUGCCACAUCUACCAUUACGCCAUGCACGACAAUUGGUUCGCCGCUAGAGAUCUGCUGUUGAUGAGCCACUUGCAGGAGAACAUUCAACAUUCGGAUCCGCCCACUCAGAUUCUGUACAAUCGAACCAUGGCCAAUUUGGGGCUGUGCGCAUUCCGGCAGGGUAACAUUAAGGACGCACAUCAGUGCCUGGUCGAUUUGAUGAUGACCGGAAAGCCGAAAGAAUUGUUGGCUCAGGGUCUGUUGCCACAGCGACAACACGAACGCAGUGCCGAACAAGAGAAGGUGGAAAAACAACGUCUCAUGCCAUUCCAUAUGCACAUCAAUUUGGAAUUGUUGGAAUGUGUGUACUUAGUGUCGGCAAUGCUGCUAGAAAUUCCGUACAUGGCUGCCCACGAAUUCGAUGCCCGUCGUCGUAUGAUCAGUAAAACAUUCUACCAGCAACUCCGUUCAUCCGAGCGUCAAUCGCUCGUCGGACCACCUGAAUCGAUGCGUGAACACGUAGUAGCAGCUGCCAAGGCCAUGCGUUGUGGCAAUUGGAAUGCGUGUGCCACAUUCAUUGUGAACAAGAAGAUGAACACAAAAGUCUGGGACUUGUUCUACGAAGCCGAUCGCGUCCGUGAAAUGUUGACCAAAUUCAUCAAAGAGGAAUCGUUGCGCACGUAUCUGUUCACCUAUUCGAAUGUGUACACGUCGAUCAGCAUUCCAUCGCUGGUCGAAAUGUUUGAACUGGAAAAAUCGAAGGUGCACUCACUGAUCAGUAAAAUGAUUAUCAACGGCGAACUAAUGGCCUCACUGGACGAUCCAACUGAAACGGUGGUUAUGCAUCGAUCGGAACCGUCUCGUCUGCAGGCAUUGUCCAUGCAAUUGGCCGACAAAGUGACCAAUUUGGUGGACGCAAACGAGCGGAUAUUUGAAUUGAAGCAAGGCAACAUGUUCCAACGAUUCCCGGGUCAGCGUGGAGACCGUGGUAAUUACCGUAAUCAAAACAACCAACAAGGCAACUGGAACAACAAUCGUAACAAUCGAAAUAACAAUAGAAAUCAUCGUAUGCGAGAUCAUCGCGAUGAUGAUUAAACGGUUGUGUGCGUUCGGUUCCGCUGAUUCUCUGUGCCAACACCACGUCAACCAGUUGAUGGCGAGGGGAGUCUUGUUAUUUGCGAUUAUGACAAAAUAUGAAACGAUUUGUAGAUGGUUCCGGUCUAGGCGACCACAAAAUUGUUGUACGAUUUUGUUGUUGUUCUAGAUCGGAAAGAAAUUGGAAAAGGAAAUAAACAAAAAAAAUAAACUUUUAUGUCCAUCGAUCAGUCUUAUCUUCCAAUCGGACGAUUAAAUAAACUUUUUGCAUCUACACAUG